GCGGCUGUCAGGGACACACGAGCGGUGAUAAUAUCCACGGAACAGGCUGCAGACAGGAGGAACAAAGAAAGCCGCUCGUUGCGUGCGAAACGUCCUUUCACUUCGUUACCACGGAUAAACAUCGACUCGGUGGAGACAGUUUUUGUUUUAAUUUAAACUCUUUCCGUGGGCUAUUAAAUUAAAUCACGCGAAGUGGGACUGGGUGGUUUUGCUGAGGAAAGAGAAAACUUAGCGUCGUGAGAGCUUUGUCUAAACGUCUUUCUGAAAACCGUCUUGCCUUGAAUACGGUGGCUCUAAAGCAACGUACGGAUACACCCAGAACUUGAUAGUGUGACCUGUGCCCUCUUGACUCGGCAGAGAUGAACUUUUCUCAAGGCGCUGACACUCAGGUGGAUUAAGAGGAGUGUGGUUCCCCCUGGCUGAAGACAGCGUAUGUGUGCAACAGAACCCUUCCACCCAGGACCCACUGUGUUGGCAUUGCGCCCAUGAGGUAACGUCAGGACCUACCACCCCCUCAUUACCACCCUUGGUCCAUCCAUUUCCCUCCCCUCCGUCCCUUCCUCCCUUGGACCCACCCAGCCAUGGGCCAGAAGAUCUCUGGCAGUAUAAAAUCAGUGGAUGUGCGUGGGGAGCCCUCAUAUCGGCCAGUUCGCCGUGAACUGCGUGGCCCGGAUUUCUGUCGACCUCCCAGGCUGGACUUGCUGCUGGACAUGCCGCUAGCCAGCCCAGACACCCAGCUUCGUCAUGCGUGGAACCCCGAUGACCGGUCACUCAAUGUCUUUGUUAAGGAGGACGACAAGCUGACUUUUCACCGACAUCCAGUGGCACAGAGCACAGACUGUAUUCGUGGGAAAGUGGGCUACACCAGGGGACUCCACGUUUGGAGGAUUCACUGGCCGGCCAGACAGAGAGGCACACAUGCUGUUGUAGGGGUAGCCACAGCUGAAGCAUCUUUACACUCUGUGGGCUACACGGCCCUGGUGGGCUCGGACUCUGAGUCUUGGGGCUGGGACCUGGGUCGGAACAGACUCUACCAUGAUGGAAAGAACCGGCCAGCUUCCUCGUUGGCACCCACAUAUCCCUGUUUCCUGGAGCCAGAUGAAUCUUUUGUGCUUCCAGACUCUUUGACAGUAAUACUAGAUAUGGACGAAGGAACACUGAGCUUCAUGGUAGACGGACAAUAUCUGGGAGUAGCUUUUAGAGGGCUAAAAGGCAAGAAACUGUAUCCCAUCGUCAGUGCUGUUUGGGGUCACUGUGAAGUAUCCAUUCGCUACGUCAAUGGACUGGAUCCGGAGCCCCUCCCCCUCAUGGACCUGUGUAGACGAGUAGCUCGACUGGCUCUGGGUAGAGAGCGCAUCCAUCACAUCGACGCACUCCCACUGCCGCAGACUCUGAAGAACUACCUCCAGUACCAGUGACCACACCGCGCACACACACACACACACACGCGCAGAGAUGGGAAGAAACUGAAGGCUCAUUCGUUCUUAUGGUAACCAGCCUCCAAACUGAACUUAACAUCAGGCAUCUGCUGAGGAUGCAAACGAUGACACUGCCUUAAAGCAGGUGGUGAAGACGGCGCUGCAAGGGGCUUUUGUUUACAAUAUUUGGGGUUUAUUUUCCUUUUUGAAUGUUUAUCAUCUUCUUGUUUUCAACCCUUUUUUGUUGUUGUUCACUGCUGUCUUUUUUGGACAGGUGACUGGAGGAGGAACGGAUGAAUGAAAUGAGUACGAGAUUAAAAGAAUACUGCAAUCUAGUUUCCUGCUAAUCACAUGUAUUGAAGUGUGUCCUCGGUUUGAAAAGCCUUAUGCGCUGUGGUUGUGGGGUGACGGUUUUCCCCCUGACGUCUGUUCUGCACAGACUCUGUUGAAGCCUCUUCGGAAACAUGUUGGUAUUUAUAUUUAUAUUCCCAACAACACAGCAGGCUCUGUGGAGACGCAACAAUCCCUCCAAGCCACGAGAGACAGAGAGAAUGAGAGGGAGGAAGUCCACAAACACACACACACACUGUUCUAUUUUUGGUGGUAUGUGCACAGUACAACAUGCAUGGAUUACAUGUAUAAGAGUGUGUGUGAGAGAGGAAUGUGCAGAAACUAAGCUCUGAAGUAAGUCUGUAGUAAGAGCACAACUCACUGACAAGCAGUCAGUUACCGCCUACAUACUAAAAAAACAACACAACUCCAGUCUGAUUUGAACACCUGUUUCUCUUCCUCCCUUUCUGUCUCUUCAUCACUCACUCCAGUUUGAUUUAAGCCGCCAUCAUGUUUGUUGGUGGGCUCUCUAACUCCUGCAAUGCUCAGAGAUUGAUCUGAAAGGUGAAAGCUGUGUCUUUGAAAGCUAACGUGCCUGCUUUGACACAGUGUGCGUGCGUACACACACACAAAGCAUAUGAUGCUUCUGUCAUAUCAGAAGACACUUCUUUUCCCCAACAAAGUUUUAAAUGCUGCUUUUCUAUCUACCCUUUUCUUCUACCGUCUUACCCUCAUGUGGGUUUUUUUCCCCCUGAUUUUCUUUUGAAAAUUAUGGUUUUACGAUGAGAUUUUUUAAUGUUGUUUUUUUGUCCUUGUAUGGAAUUUGAGAUUUUCCUGUGGGACUCACAGGUUCUAGGUGGAAGAAUGCGCUGCCAUGACAAUGUUUUAAAUGUGAACAAGAAUAAACUCUGCUAAACUCA